UGAAAUAAAAAGAAAUCUGUAAACUCCUUUAGUUGGUUUAUAGUUGAACUAAGAUGAAGUGCUUAAUUCUGUUUCUCAUUCUUUUUGUUGGAUCCUCAUCUGGAUUCUUCUUCGGGCCAAGAUCUUGCAGAUCUGACAGGGAAUGUCCUGCUAUUAGAAGGAGAUCAUCAGUAAGCAGUUUUCUUGGCUUGUUUCAAACACGAGUUAAUAACUUUGGUGGGUUUUCCUCGAGCGGAAGAUGUUUGGCACAAAAAGAUGGACUUUGUCAGCUUGGAAAUUUCUUGGGGGGAGGGAGGAACAGCUGUAAUGUGCGGCGCUGCGCAGAAUGUUUCUCUGAUCUAGAUUGCAGUGUAUGUCAAAAUUGUAACAGAAAUAUUUGCUCUGGACAAUGUACUACAUGAAAUAUAUUUGUGUAUAUAUUAAUCCAAGAUAACCAUGUUUCUCUGAUCUAGAUUGCAAUAGAUGUCAAAAUUGUAACAGAAAUAUUUGCUCUCGAAAAUGUUACUCUUACACUCCAACUCCUGUUUUUGCUAAAUAAAAGAAUUUUUGUGUAAAAUAAAGCUUUCUGUUCUGAA